CCAGCUUCCGCCAUGCACCGCCAGCGCACCGUCAAGGCGCCCACCUCCUCGUCCACCGUCACCCGCGUCGCCAAGUUCGCCCUCUCGCUCUACCUCCUCGCCGCCCUCGUCUACACGGCCUGCACCCUCGUCGUCGCACCCUCUGUCUCGUUCCUGUCCGGCGGCCGCAUCCUCGCCCCGAGGUCCCAGGUCGUCCUCGACUCGAACGCCGACCUCGCCAACCUCGCCGCCGCCGCCGCCGACACCUCGCUCGCUCGCUCGGCCGCAGCGCUCGGCGGCGUCAACGCGACGGGCCCGUCAUCGUCGACCAAGACGACCAAGCUCAAGCACGCCGCCCUCGAGACGGCCGGCGUCCGCGCCGCCGACAUUCGCCAGGAGGACAGCUCCGACCCAGUGUGGGCUGCCGCCGAGGUCGCAGAGCGCAAGGGCAAAAAGUCCAAGGGCACCUACCGCCGCCCGGACGUCGUCAUCGACAGCGCCGACCUCGUCCACAAGCGCAUGCACGGCUUUGACGGCGUCGACUGGGACAAGGACCAGAUGGUCUGGCACUCGCCCUCGGCCGACCUCGCCCACUCGGGCCCGCAGGCCGACGAGGCCGCCCUCGCCGCGUACGGCUCGACCCCGGGAGAGCACCGCACUCUGAGCGAGGACGAGUUCCUGAGCCUGUCGUUCGGCUCGAGCCUUCAGCCGAGCAAGGUCAUUCCCUACUACUACCGCGCCUCGGACCCGGACCGCGUCGACUUCAACAAGGACGACAUCACCAUCACGACCCUCGUCACGAGCAACCGCUUCACCGUCUUUGAGCGCCUCGUCGAGCGGUACCGAGGUCCCGUCUCGGCGACGGUCCACGUCACGCAGGGCAAGAACCCGUCCGAGCUCCUCGCCGCGCUCGACAAGCUGUACACGUCGAGCCCGCUCAUGAAGCAGUACGUCGACGUGCACCUCGUGUACGACCCGUUCGACCGCCAGUUCAACAUGUGGCGCAACGUCGCCAAGUUCUUUGCCCGCACCGAGUACGUCAUGAUGCUCGACGUCGACUUUUGGCUGUGCACCGACUUCCGGUCGCGCAUGCUCGACUCGCCCGAGAUCAUGCAGCGCCUCAAGGGCGGCAUGGCGGCGUUCGUCGUCCCGGCGUUCGAGUUCCACAAGCAGAGCGACGGCGUCGACCCGCUCACGUUCCCCUCGACCAAGGAGGACCUCGUCCAGCUCGUGCGCGACGACAAAAUCGGCAUGUUCCACAAGUCGUGGGCGCCCGGGCACGGCUCGACCAACUACACGCGCUACUACGAUGCCAAGCCGGGCGAGGUGUACCGCGUGCACGGCUACACCCACUCGUACGAGCCUUACGUCAUCUUCAAGAAGGAGGGCACGCCCUGGUGCGACGAGCGCUUCAUCGGCUACGGCGGCAACAAGGCGGCGUGCCUGUUCGAGCUGUACCUGUCGGGCGUGUCGUUCUACGUCCUGCCCGACGACUUCCUCAUCCACCAGUCGCACGCCUACGCCGAGAAGGCCCGCAAGCACGAGCGGAAGUACAACCGCAAGCUGUACACCGACUUUCGCGAGGAGCUCUGCUUCCGGUACCUCAACCUCUUCCUCGACCAGAUCGAGAGCCCGAGGGCGAAGAACCUCGCCAUCGAGUGCAAGAAGAUCAAGGGCUUCAGCACGACGGCGGCGCGCUACAUUGCCGCAGCCGGCGGCGUCGAGCCGCCUCCCAAGCGCUCGUGA